CGCAGUAACAUCGGUCAGUCGUUUUGAGAACGAUAUCUGAUAUAGGUAUCAAAAAUUGGCUUUCAAGGUCAUACAUUGUUACAUUAGUGCUUAAAUAAAGUUACAACUAAGUUACAAGAUUAUAUUUAUUUGAAAUUAACAUAUAAAGGAUGAAAGCAGUAAUAUUGAUUAUAUUAACAAUUGCUACUUUAUUUGUGUCAGGAGACGUUUGCACAAAAAAUGGCAAAAGCGGUGUUUGCAAACCACUGGCUGAUUGUAAAACUGCUCUUGACGAUUUCAGGAAAUAUAAAAGAAGACCACAGAUGUGUAUAGGAGAUGAAGGUAAGGUUUGUUGCGUCGAGAGAGUUAAAGGCACUUCAUACGGAUCGAACACACCCCUUGGCACGAUGCCACCCCCAGUUAUGUCUACAUGUGAACCGAUAGCUAGGAAUUUGACAGCCGAGAGAACAGGACGCAAAGCUUGGGACAAAUGUUUAGAAUACCAGGACAAGUUGAUAUAUCCUUGUAGAGAAAGUAAUACUCCCUCAGGAGGUAUGAUAAGAUUAAAUUUGUGUAAUAGAAAACCGGACAGUUUGAUUAUUGGCGGAGAAGAUGCUUAUGAAGGGGAAUUUCCUCAUAUGGUUCUGCUAGGCUACGCUAAUGGUACAUCAGAGGAAAAUUGGGGCUGCGGAGGCAUCCUGGUCAGCGAGAGAUUCAUCCUCACAGCGGGACAUUGCAUCUAUAGCAAGGAAUUUGGUCCGGUGACAGAUGCGAAGGUCGGCAUCCUGGAGAGAUCAGCUGCAGUGGACAGCACACGGCGGUACAAGAUCAAACGGAUCAUUAAACAUCCCGACUAUCAUUCACCAAUUAAAUAUAAUGACAUCGCUCUACUGGAGACUGAUAGAGAGAUAAUGCUGGACAACUUGGCGGUGCCAGCUUGUUUGUACGACGGUCACCCAAUCAACGACAGCAGCGCGUUAGUCACCGGAUGGGGCACAACUGUAUUUAGAGAAACUAAAAUAUCUAACAUUCUACAAAAGGUGACUCUCCAGAAGUUUUCUGACGAAGACUGUUCCAGAAGUUAUGCACCUAACAGUCGAGGCAUGAGACAUAUGAAGCAAGGCUAUAAUGGAACAACGCAGAUGUGCUUCGGCGAUUGGCAUAAGAAAAAAGACAGCUGUAAUGGUGACAGUGGUGGUCCUGUACAGAUAAAACAUCCUCAAAUAUAUUGCAUGUACUCUGUCAUCGGUAUCACAUCAUGGGGGAGGGAGUGUGGACAUCCUGGCCAACCGGCCAUCUACACCGGGUGGCCGCUUAUAUACCCUGGAUAGAGAGCGUCGUCUGGC